CGAUGGCGGUCCCCGGUCCCCUCCGAACGCAGGGCUGAGCUGAGGGUACGUUAAUGCCGCGCGUUUUCCCUCCCGCAGCCGCGCUAUGGGCAUUCAGGGGCUGCUGCAGUUCAUCAAGGAGGCCGCGGAGCCCGGCCACGUGAAGAAGUACCGCGGGCAGGCGGUGGCGGUGGACGCGUACUGCUGGCUGCACAAAGGCUCCUAUGGCUGCGCAGAGAAGCUGGCCAGGGGAGAGCCGACGGACCAUUAUGUAGCUUUCUGCAUGAAACUUGUUGAUAUGCUCCUCUCAUUUGGAAUUAAACCAAUUUUGGUAUUUGAUGGCUGCACCCUACCUUCUAAAAAGGAAGUGGAGAAGGCCCGAAGAGAGAAGCGUCAAGCCAAUCUUCUGAAAGGAAAGCAGUUGUUUCGGGAAGGGAAAUUUUCAGAAGCAAGAGACUGUUUUGCUCGCAGUGUCAAUGUUACGCAUGCUAUGGCUCACGAAGUCAUUAAAGCUGCACGAGCCCGAGGAGUUGAUUGUAUUGUUGCUCCCUAUGAAGCUGAUGCUCAGUUGGCUUAUCUUAAUAAGACUGGCAUGGUUCAGGCCAUCAUUACAGAAGAUUCUGAUCUUUUAGCUUUUGGAUGUAAAAAGGUGUUUUUGAAAAUUGACAAAUUUGGAAAUGGAUUGGAGAUAGAUCAAGCUCGGCUAGGAAACUGCAAGCAGCUCGGAAAUGUAUUCACUGAAGAGAAGUUCCGUUAUAUGUGUAUCCUGUCUGGUUGUGACUACCUUUCAUCAAUCCAUGGAAUUGGGUUAGCUAAAGCAUGCAAGUUACUAAAAUUAGCUAACAAUCCAGAUAUUAUAAAGGUUAUUAAGAAAAUGGGACACUACUUGAAGAUGAAUAUAACUGUAUCAGAAGAAUACAUACAGGGUUUCACACGAGCCAAUAAUACAUUCCUUUAUCAGUUGGUUUUUGAUCCCAUCAAGAGAAAAUUAGUUCCUCUGAAUGAUUAUGCUGAUGAUGUUGAUCCAGAAACACUAAUUUAUGCAGGACGACACUUUGGAGAUAGUACUGGUUUUCAAAUUGCUCUUGGGAACAUUGAUAUUGAUACGAUGGAACAAAUUGAUAACUAUAACCCUGAUACUGCACAGCCUACGCAGCAAAGAAGCCAUGGCUGGAAUGACAAAUGUGCUAAUCAUGUAAAUAGCAUUUGGAGCAAAGACUACAAGCUUGGUCCUAGUAUGGAUGAUGCUCCUCAUAAAACUCACUUACCAGAGAAAUCAACAACGAAAGGCAUUGAGAAGAUAAUCAGUAUCAAAGGGUUAAAACUUCCAGGCAAAGAGCUCUUUGCAAAAAGACAAAGGAGUGAUUCAGAAGAACUCUCAGAUGGAGAUCUUUUGAAUCAAUAUUCAUUUUCAAAAGCGAAAAAAUUCAAGGAGAGUGGUGAAGAUGGUCAAUCACAGAAGAGCGUUUCUGCAAUACAAAGCAUUGAUUCUUCAGGGAAUUCUGUCAUUAAAGAAAGCUCUAACUCUCUGCCCAGGGUUAGAAAUAAAUUUGCUUCCUUUCUGCAAAGGAAAAACAAACAGACAGACGCUGUGAUUGUUCCAGGAACAAGAAGCAGGUUUUUCUGCAAUGAUGCAGAUAUGCUUGGUUUUAAAGGAAAGGAUGAUAGUGAUAUAAUUCAAGAUGUUGAAGAGGAUUGCAAGCAACAGGAGGUAGAACAUGUAGCUGAAGAUGAAUCUCCAUUUUUAGAAACUGAAAAAACAAAGACUGUCUCAUCACUUCCUGGAGAAAGACCAAGAAGCUGCUUCCAGUGGCUUAGCAUCCUUGGAAAUCAUUCAGGAAAUCCUGGUCCGUCUCAUACUGUAUUUUCACAGCAGUUUCACCAACAGAGAAGCAGCUGUAUGGCAUCCCAGGCAGAUAACAGUAAUGGGGUACAAGCAGAGACUGAAGUCAUGUGUGAUGAAUCAGAUGAAGAAUCCUCUCCCUUAAUAGAACCACAGUGUUUCUCCCAUUCUCAAAAGUCUUUUGAGCCACCAGAAUGCAGUUUGGAGUCUUCAAAAAUACUACAGGUAUCUAACAGUAAUUCAGACAAAAAAGUCAGAAAACUAGAUAUUUCAACCUUUGCUUAUGUUUUCUAUCUCAAAGAUAGAAAACAAGUUAUGAGGUUCUCCUUCUUUGAUUUAUACCCUACUGAUUAUAGAACUUCUACUCACAAAACUUCUUGGUGUUUGUUGCAGUUGUGUAGAACAGUGAAAAUUUGGGAUUUUGGCAGUGGACAGGAAGUUAAAACCUUGCCUUUGACCCAGCACAGCAAAGAUGAGCAUUGCCUGCUGAAGUUAGUCUAUCUGAAGGCUACUGAGAGUCAACAUGUUCUUCUUGUUUUGGAACAGAGUGGGAAAAUGAAAAUCAUUCAGGGUAAUGAAAAUCAAAGAUAUCUAAAGGUUACGUGGGUGCUUCCUGAGGCAGUGUUGUUUCUACAAAGAAAUGCAGUUGAAUUUCUGUCACUGAAUCCAGACACUUUACAGAAACAUGAAUUUUUUCCAGAUAUCCAGCUACCACCUGAUACCAGUUCUCUAAGCAGUGAUGCAGAGGGAUUUGUACCUUCUGUGGAAAUGAAGUGCUUUGAUGUUUUAAAAGUAGAAGGACAUAGCUUGAUAGCUACAGGAAGUGAAAAUGGUGCGAUAAUUUUGUGGGAUUUUGAAUCUGCCACUGUCAGAUACAUGUGUAAAAUUAAUGAGAACAGCCAGGCUUCAGUUCCUCAAGCAUCAGGAGUCAAUGCUGUGUUAUUCCUCGUGCAUAGUGCUUCCUCUUCUAGGAAAACUAGCUCUCCAUCCUCUACUGCUGUUGUGAGUAGUGAUAUUGUUACUGACAGUGAUACUGAUGAUCUCCCAAAACACAAGGACAGCUAUUUGAACCAAAAUAAGGAAAGUGCAAGAAGUGAUGAAAAUAGUACUCAGACAACAGCAGCAGAAGACACACUUAGAUAUAAGUACUCGAAGACAAAUGCAGAAUUACCCAGGGAUGUGAGAAGAUACUCAUCAAUACUGGCUUCUGCUCAUGAAAAUGGCUGCAUCUACCUAUGGAGUAUUCAGGGGAACUUACUGAAAGAAAUUUUGCCAUUUUCAAAAUAUCAUCCAGUUCCUCUAACAGCAGUGUGUACAGACAUCUCUACUAAAAUGCUUCUGGCAGGCAGUAAGGAAGGACAUAUUAUGUGCUGGAGCAUUGUCUCAUUCUUAGAAGAUCCACAAAACAGUAAAAAUCAAAUAAAGGAGGAGCUCUGUUGGAUGGCACACUCUGCUGAAGUCAUUGACUUACUUUACGAAGAGCAGAAAAAUGUGGUAGUAACAGCAUCUGUUGAUGGUUCAGUCAGACUCUGGCAUGCCAUGAGUGGAUGCUAUCUUGGUUACUUUGGACAGCCCAGGAAAUUUGAAUUAUCAGAUCUCAGUCGAUUGAUUUUGCCUUGUGAUGUUAAAGAUGUUCCUAUGAUAAUUAAAGAGGAAGGCAAGCAUACGGAAAAGAAGAGCAUGCUGGACAAAGACAAGUGGAAAUCAACUAGAUCACCUUCAAUUUUUAAAAAAGAUAAACAUGUGGACAUAAUUCAGGACUUGAAGUUUUUCAAAGCUCUGGCUUCUCCAAAGCUUCCUAGACAACCUUUGGAGAGCACUGAGUCAGGAAGUAAAGUGGCUGGUGCAGUAUUUGGGCAUCUUCCUAUAUAUGAGCUUGAGAGGCUAGCUGAAGAGAGCAUCCUUCAGAAUCCUCAGUGGAACAAACCUGAGACGUCCAGUCUAACUGAAUUGACAAUGGAGACAGAGCUCAGUGGAGAACAGAAUCAAGACAAGUAAACAUUAUGUUCAUCUUAAGUGUAUAGGAUGGGAGAGACCACAUCUGCUAUGGCUGACAUGAACAGACCAGAGAUAUUCCACGCCAUAUAAUGUCCUGCUCAACAAUAAAAGACUGGGAAAAGGAGGAGAAAG